CAGCACGGAUGAGGCGCAUGCGCGGUGCUGGACGGCGCUGGAGCUGCGGGCCCGGCGCGGGCUCGCGGAGGGGUCGGGGGGCAGCCGUUGGCGGAGGCGAGGCGGCGUGCGGCUGGCGGGGCCUGGCGGGCGGCUCGCCGCAGCAGCUGGCGGAGCGAUACGCGGACUUGGCCGCCAGCCACAGCGAGGCGGUGCGGGCCCGCGAGGAGCGGGAGCGCCAGAACGCGCGGCUGCGGGACGAGAACGCGCGGCUGCGGCUGGAGAACCGCCGGCUGCGCCGGGAGAACCGCAGCCUCUUCCGCCAGGCGCUGCUGGGGCCCGGGCCGGAGCCCGACGCGCCGCCCCGCCCGGGCUCCGCCCCCGAGCAGCAGCUGGAGGAGGAAGCGGCGCUCGCGGCCCAGCUGCGGCGGCUGCAGGAGAGGCACCGCCGGGCCCUGCAGCAGCUGCGGCGCCGCCGCGCCCAGGACGGGUUGGAGGAGGACGGGGAGCUGGACGAGCUGCUGCGGGAGUUGGACGGGGAGCAGCCACAGCCGCCGCCGCCGCCGGAGAAGAGCCUGGUGCCGCCCCUAUAGCCCGGGGAGGCUGGCGGGGCUCCGCAGUGGUUUGGGGACCCCUCCUUUGGUACCUGAAGCGGACCCAGCUGGCUGCACCCAGCGGCCGCCUCACGGCGGGGCUCCUCUGCCCCACAGGGCUUUGGGGUCCCAGAAGUAGGCACGGGAGCUUUCGGCAGGAGAAGCCACAGCAUCUGGACGAGGCCCCCAGGAGCCCCACGCAGCAGGAGGGAAAGGGCCUCACAGCGCAGGUGCCUCGUGCCCUUGGAUGUUGAGGAGAAGUUCGUCCUAGAGGGAGAAAUGGAUUCUGGACUUUGCCGCCUCCUGGCAUUGCCCUGUUUGCCUUCUCAGCUUUGAUUUUGGACCUGUGUGUCUCGUUAUCUUUGUGCAGGAGUGAAUAAAUCUCAUAGAGGCCAUAAUAGCUCUGUAGAUGACCCAACAAUGGCACAUUUUUUAGCCUGCUACUAGGUUUUAGUACACAUGUAUAUCAGUUUAAAAAAUGAAAAGUUUGUGUGCCAGAUUUAUUUUGACAGCACUUUAAAUGAAAGCUGAUAAUCCUGGGAAUCCUUCUGAAUUGGUUGGCUGCCACGCCAUUCUCUGUAUAUCUUUGACUAUUGAUUUGUUCAUCCUUGUUUGUUGCAUAAUUGGUCUAGACAUGGCACAUCCAGUUCAUAAAACCACAGGUCAUACUAAAUAAAUCCUUGACAACCAAAUGCUUCUACUAGAUGUGAUUUCUAAUAUGCAGUUGAAUAUAAUAUACAUAUGUUUUAUACUGUAAAUAGCUACUCUUCAGAGUUCUUAAAUUUUGGUACCAAGGUUUUUUCAAAAUUCUAAGAAACAAGCUACUUAAUUACUUAUCUUUUUCUGUUUUAAGUAAAAACUCUUUUUCACUUACAUAACGGAAACUAUUUUAAUUUUUAGUUUCUAUUUGCUGUCUGAAGAACCAACCUUGUAAACAUAUAAGAAUAACAUUAUUUUCAUCAGUAGUCCCAUUGCCUUUAGUGGGAUUAAUCAGAUGAGGAAAGUUAGGGUUGGAUGCCGCUGCUUGUGGGAUGGGUCCCUAAAACUUAGUUACUAAACUUUUCAUUGAGAGAAGGUGGUACUUAUGUAACCUUAAAAAAGAAACAAAACAAACACCAAAACCACUCUCAUAACUUCAAACUUUGUUUGGAGUUAGAUAUAUUUAUGGGAAAAGAGGAAUACUUGUACUAACUUCACUUAUUAUUUUAUAUAAUUGAAGUUUAGAAUUGUCUGUGUAGCAUCCAGCAUACAAAUUUAAUUAUGAUAUAAAAUGUACAGUAUCAUUUGUUAAACAAUAUCAAUGCAUAAAAAGCUUUUAAAUUACGUUGUAAGGGAAUAGACCUGUUUAAUGUGAUAGGUCUAAAGAGCACCUCUGCGGUGCAGUUCAUCCUGCUUAGUCUUUAAUGGGAAUUCUAGAAUGUCAGUUUCUGAAUGUCUUCUUUGCUCACUAGGUUGAAACUACCCUUACUAGCCAUUUUAAAUUGGCUAAUAAAAGUGAAGUACAAUGGGUACAAAACAUCUGUGAUAUGUCCAAAUGUUUUAUAUUUAAAUAAAAGUUACUAUGUUCUGUGAA